CUGUCAGUUUCAUUCAUAUGCAUUUUGUGGAGAUUGUUUUGUGUCGCGUUCUGAUUUGAUUUUCCUUUGUAUUAAUUUAAAGUUCAGGUAUUAUUUAUAUUGUUAUUGAGUCAAAACGUGAAUGUUCCGAGGGAUUUUCUUCAGCACGAUAAGAAGAUUAUACUGUAACGUUGAAAACAGGAAUGUUGCAAUGAAGUAUCUCAACGUUGCUGAAAAAAACGAUGCCUCCAAAAAUAUUGCUAAUUUAUUGUCGCGAGGGACAGCACAACGGCGUGAAGGAUUUUCCCCGUAUAAUAAAAUCUACGAGUUCGACUACACAAUUAGAGGCCAGCGAGUACAAAUGGUGAUGACUUCCGUUUCCGGCCAUUUAUUAAACUUUGAAUUUUUGGCAUCGUUCCGAGGUUGGCACAGUUGCAAUCCGGAACAACUCUUUGAAGCUCCAGUUCGAAAAGGCUGCCCGGAGAAUGCGCAAAAAAUAAAGAAGACCCUGGAACGCGAGAUUCGUGGAUGCCAUGCACUGGUUAUAUGGACUGAUUGUGACCGGGAGGGAGAGAACAUCGGUUUUGAAAUCAUCGAGGUUUGUCGAGCAAUUAAACCACAAAUUCGAGUACUGCGAGCGAAAUUCUCAGAAAUUACAACACCUUCAGUGACACGAGCAAUAGAAAAUCUUGCUGAACCGGACGAACGACAAAGCGAGGCAGUUAAUGUGAGGAGCGAAUUAGACCUACGAAUAGGAGCUGCUUUCACACGAUUUCAAACCAUGCGGCUGCAAAAUGUUUUCCCGGAGAAAAUAGUCAACAAUCUGGUUUCGUAUGGAAGCUGUCAGAUUCCAACGUUAGGAUUUGUUGCGCAACGGUAUAAGGAGAUUGAAAGGUUUAUUCCACAAGCUUUUUGGAAAAUCCGAUUGAACCAUACUAUUAAUGACCUUACGGUAGAGUUCAAUUGGGCAAGGAAUCGACUCUUUGAUAAACAGUGCUGUGAAGCAUACUUGAUGCUCUGCCAGUCGGAGCCGCUUGUAAAAAUCGUCAGUGUUACAAACAAACCGAAAAGUAAAUGGCGACCUACUCCAAUGGAUACGAUCGAAUUGGAGAAGUUGGGCUCUAGAAAACUUAAGAUCAACGCCAAACAGACAAUGACGAUUGCAGAGAAGCUUUACACACAAGGUAUCAUAAGUUACCCACGUACGGAGACGAAUAUGUUUACCAACGACAUACAACUGGGCCCAUUGGUGGAGAUGCAAGCAAACCAUCCGAACUGGGGACCUUUCGCCCAAAAAGUACUUCAAUGGGGACCAAACCCACGUAACGGAAAAAAGUCCGAUCAAGCGCAUCCACCGAUUCAUCCUACCAAGUUCGUAACGAAUCUGGGCGGAGAUGAGCAAAAAGUGUAUGAGCUGAUUGUGCGACACUUUCUGGCAUGCGUAAGUAAGGAUGCUGUUGGUGCAGAAACGAUAGUUAAUGCCGUGCUUGCAGAGGAAGAGUUUACCGCAUCCGGGUUAUGCAUUCUUGAACGGAACUAUCUGGAAGUUUAUCCAUACGAUCGAUGGAAUUCGAAGGAAAUUCACGCUUAUCAGAUAGGCAACACAUUUGAACCGACGGAUUUAGAUCUUCACGAAGGGUCUACGACUGCACCGAACAUGUUGACCGAGGCGGAUUUAAUUGCAUUGAUGGAGAAACACGGGAUCGGUACUGAUGCUACUCAUGCGGAACACAUAAACACGAUCAAAGAGCGUGGUUACAUCGGAGAAGCGGAUAGAGGCUUUCUCGUCCCAGGAACGCUUGGGAUGGGAUUGGUCGAGGGUUAUGAAUCGAUGGAACUCCCUCUUGCGCAACCAGAACUUCGAGCUGGGCUCGAAGCAGAUCUGAAACUAAUCUGCGAGGGAAGAAAAGAUCCCAAAAUUGUACUGGAAGAGCAGAUUCAAAAGUAUAAAGAAGCGUACAGAGUUAUCACCGAAAAGGCGAGAGCCCUUGAUCUAGCGAUGGGUCAGCGACUCAACCAUGCUCCGAGAGAUGCUCCCACGAAUCAAUUCAGCUCUCGAGGAACUGCUUCCAUUCAGGAAGUUUGUAAAUGCCCUAAAUGUGGCGAAAUGAUGUGUCUGAAAACGAAAAGGGAUGGCAACGGAUACUAUUUAGGUUGCCUCGGCUUUCCCGACUGUAAAAAUAGUGUUUGGUUUGAUGAGAAUAUAAAAGAAGCUUCUGGAACGGAAGAGAUUUGCCCGAAAUGCGGUGGGUUUAACAAAAAGAUGGGAAUUAAAUUCAAGCAUGCUCGCUUCUACGGGUUUCUUAAUCACGUGAAUGAUCAGUCUUACAAAACCUGUAUCGUAUGCGACGAUAAGUUCCGUGAUAUUUUAGGAAUCGACACCAGCUUAGUGAAGCAAUUCCGAGCAAAUGGCAUUCGCGCAGAUGUAGCAAUUCCUCCUCGCGGAGUAGCUCCUAGCAAUCCUGCUUACCCACGAGCUACGAACAAUGCCAAUCGAUCGACUCAGAAUCUUCCGAGCAACCGAUCUAGCGGUUACGGUACCGGUAGUAGUAAUUGGGGAUCCUACAAUAACGACGAUGAUGAUGAUCGACGAGGCGGGGGAGGUGGAGCAAUUGCAUCCGGGCGAACAAAUGUCACCGCGAGUAGCGGUUGGGGAAGUAGCUGGAACACUUCAGCGAAUCCGAACACAUUGAAUGCCUCCAACAUAACACGAACCAGAAACCCGCCACCACAGCCAGCACGAUCGAGUGACGAACAAGUUAUGUGUCGUUGUCCUCUGCCAGCCAAGGAAUUUACAGUUAAAAAAGAAGGCCCUAACAAGGGACGCCCGUUCUUUACUUGUUCAAAACCACAAAAUGAGCAGUGUGGCUUCUUUCAAUGGGCUGACGAAAAUACCGCUCCGCAAACUGCAUCGGGAUCCUCGUGGGGCACUCAACCUAGACCACCCCCAAGUGGGAAUAGUUCUUUUGUUGGAAAUUCGUCCGAAUGGGGAAGGUCGAAUGUUAACAAUAAUGGUGGCCGAGGAGGAAAGAGCACAAAUAACCAAGGAGCAGGAGACCGAACUAAAGCAACAAGGAAGUGUGGAUUCUGCCGACAGGAGGGUCACACAAAAGCAAAGUGUCCUCAGCGAGAAAGUAUGGACUAUUGAUGUGCGUUGGUCAGCAACCUGUUAUACUUUAUAUUUAGCUGAGGUUAUGCUGUUAUACUACUUGUACAUAAAAAGUACUACUAGA